UCUUUUUUUUCUUCUUUUUUUAGCUAUAAGGAGUCAGCCCUAAAAUCAGAAGAAAAACACCCUAAAAACAGAAACUUCUUCCUCUUCUUCUUCUUCUUCUUCUUCUUCUUCUUCUUCUUUUUUAGCUCAUAAUACUAACUUCCGCCCGCCUGCUCCUCCGCCAGCCACUUGAAUAGACAUGGGUACUAAUGGCGGCGGCCGAACAAAUGGCGGUGGUGGUGGAGGUGGUGUUGACAAAGGUGUUGAUUUUGCUAAUUACUUCUGUACUUAUGGGUUUCUUUAUCACCAGAAAGAGAUGCUUUGUGAUAGAGUUAGAAUGGAUGCUUAUUACAACUCCAUUUUUGAGAACAAAGAACAUUUCAUUGGAAAGACUGUGAUGGAUGUAGGAACAGGAAGUGGAAUCCUUGCGAUUUGGUCGGCGCAAGCUGGUGCGAAGAAAGUUUAUGCAGUUGAAGCGACUAAAAUGUCUGAACAUGCUCGUGAACUUGUUAAAGCUAAUAAUCUUCAAGAUGUAGUGGAGGUUAUUGAGGGUACUGUUGAAGAUAUUACUUUACCUGAGAAAGUUGAUGUUAUUAUCUCUGAGUGGAUGGGAUAUUUUCUUUUGCGCGAGUCUAUGUUCGAUUCAGUGAUAGUUGCGCGCGACCGCUGGUUGAAGCCGACUGGAAUGAUGUACCCAAGCCAUGCCCGAAUGUGGGUGGCGCCUAUCAGAUCUGGGUUGGGAGAUCAGAAAAUGAGCGAUUUUGAAGCCUGUAUGGGUGAUUGGUCCAAUUUUCUGAAGGAAACUAAAACAUACUAUGGUGUUGAUAUGAGUGUUUUGACAAACUCUUUUGGGGCGGAGCAGAAGAAAUACUACUUGCAGACAUCAAUAUGGAAUAACCUUCAUCCUCAUCAAGUCAUUGGAAAACCUUGUAUCAUCAAAGAGAUGGACUGUUUGACGGCAACAGUAAGUGAGAUUCGCAGUGUACAAGCAAGCUUUUCGUCGUUGAUCACCGAAGACAGGACAAGGCUGUGUGGGUUUGCCGGAUGGUUUGAUGUUCAUUUCCGGGGAAACAAGGAGAAUCCAGCUAAAACCAAGGUGGAGUUGACAACUGCUCCUAGCAUGGAAAACGGGACGCAUUGGGGCCAACAGGUGUUCCUCCUGCACCCCUCUGUACAUGUUAGAGAAGGGGAUGAGUUGAAUGUCUCUUUCUCAAUGGACCGUUCCAAAGAAAACCAUCGGUUGAUGGAGGUUGAGCUUGGUUGUGAGAUGCGAGAGGCAUCUGGGAAGCAGCAUCCCUCAUUUUCUAAAAGAUUUUAUAUAGAAUGAGAGCUAAACCUAUCAAAACUUACACUAGUUACCUACUUAAAACUUAUAUAGAUGUUCAAUCUCAAAACUUACACUACUUUGUGGCAUGAAAUGGUGACCAUCUACCAUCUGAUUGAUGUAACAUUUAUUAGUAUAUCAAUAGUUACCUAAUUAAUAUAAUGUUUAGCUAUUAGUUUCAAAUUG